GCGGUCGGCGGCGCCGCAGCGGCCGCGCCCGCGGGCGGCGGUGCCGGCGCGCCCGUGGCGCCUGGCCUGGCGGCGCUGCCCGGCCUGCCGGGCUUCGGAGGCGGCGGGGCUGCUGGGGCGCCCCCGGCGGGCGGCGCCGUGCCUGACGGCGUAGGUGCCCCCCCCGGCGGCGUGGGCGCCGCGCUGGUGGGCGCGCUCGCGGGCGGCGGCGACGGCCUUCCUGGAGGCCCUCCUCCUGGUGCGGUGCCUGGGGCCCCGGCGAUCCCUGGCGUGCCGAUCGCGGUGGCUGGCGGUCCCAUCGCCCCAGCGGGUGUCGCGCAGCUGGGACCACUCGUGGACGGUCCGUGGCGUCAGGCCGCGACUCUGAUUGGCGCCGACUGGCGCCGAGGGGUGAAUCUCGAGCUCCCGACCUUCGACGCAGCUGGAGGCAUCAGCGGGACGGCCCUCUUCGAGGUAGAGGAGACCGGCACCGCGGGCCCCUCAGGGCAGUACCUGAGCGCCCAGUUCAGGGGUGCGUCGCUGGCGGCCGAGGCGAUGCGGCUGGACGGCCUUUUCCCGCCGCGCGGGAGCGGGCCUGCGGGCCCCCUGCACUUGCGCGGGCAGGGACCGGCGCUCUGCGGGGACCCCGCUGUGCCAGGCCGAGGAGUCCUGCAUGUCGAGUGGCUGCGGCUGCGCUCGUACCGCGGGUUCGUGGAGCCGUGGGUGCGGCCGAGCGCCUUCGGUGGGCGCGGCGGCGGCGGCGCCUUGGCGGGGGGCGCCCCAGCCGGGGGCGCGGCCCCCGACCGCCUGGCGGCAGCUGCCGCGGCGCGCGCGCAGGCUGCUGCGGCGACGUCUGGCCGCGCUGGUGGCGGUCGCGGCCGCCGCCGCCCCCGGAGCUCCUCGGCCUCGCGCAGCGACGACGACGGUGAGUCGCGUUUUCGCGAGGCCCCCUCCCGCGGCGGCAGCGUACGGCCGCUGGCGGAGAAGCGCCCAGGUGCCCUGUAUGACGAGGUGAUGAAGAACAUCGGGCGCGUCAUGGGCCUGCGGGAGGGGGCGGACGGCUCAGAGGUUCGAGCGAAGGUCGUGGGCUACCUGCAGGCCGUGGUGUUCGGCCAUCACCCUCCAGGGCAGAUGCGGAUCAACACUCAGCGGGAGCUGCAGACGCUGGCGACCGCGCUGGACCUGCUGGAGAGUGGGUGCCUGGCGGAGUUGAGCGACGUGUUGAUGCAGCGCUUCAAGGCUCUGGAGCUGUCGCUGUCCGACGCGAGCUGGCAGGUGGCGAGCGAGCUGGAGAUCGCGCCGGACGCGCGGCCCUCGCUGGCCUCGAUGGGCGAGCAGGAUCUGGCGCGGCGGGCGGCACUGCUGCGCAGGAAGCUGAUGGACGCGAAGAGCCGCGGCGGCCUCGGCGGCAAGGGCGACAGCCCGCACCCGAGGGCGGCGGACGGGCCGAGGCGUGUCUCGCUGGCGACGAGCCCGGAGCGCCACGUCUUCAGGCAGGACCAGCCCGCGGCUGCGGCGGCAGCGGGCCUGCAGCAAGGUUGCCCGCUCGCGCAGACCGCCCUGGACUUCACCGUCGCGCUCGCCGCCUCCGAGAUUGCGUCCUCGUCGUGCCCGCCGGCCUGCGGUACGGAUGCCGACUGUUACGGUGAUCCGCUGGCAGAGUGGCGCGAGUGGGCUGGUGCGGCGAGUGAUCUUCUGCGAGAACCUUUUGACGUGGGCCCCGUGUUCUUGAACAUAGUCCGCCAGUUCCCAGGCUCCUUCGGUCGCUUCACUAGAUAUUCCCUCGAGGUAAAGCCACGCGAGCAUCCGGCCGACAUGGGAGGUCGGCUUCAGCGAGAUCUGUUGCCGUUACCAUACUCUUCGAUCAACAGGUCCCAGAUCGUCCGUCAGGGCGAGGACCCUUUGAGCGACAAGGAGUGGGAAGGACUACGCUGCAGGCUGGUGGUCACUGUCCUGGCGCUAAACUGGAAGUCUGGGUUCCGCUCCCUGAAGCUGGCCAGGCCCUGCCGAGGUCGAGCCAACGCCGCGCAGCAGGCAGCCCUGGUCGCUCUCGGCCGCCGCUUCCUCUUGGCUACGCGGGCCGAGUCUGCUCUACCGCCAGAUCUUGACUGGAACGUGCGGCUGAAGGACCACGAGAUCGGCUACGGCGGGGACGAGAUCUCGGCCCCGCAUCGGCUGACGCUGGAGCAGGUGCUGGACGGGCUGCCGCCGCCAGGCGUCGCGGCCUCCAUCGAGGCGGCCGACCUCGCGACGGGGUUCGUGCGUGAGGCCCUCCUGGACCCGACGUUGGUGCUGCUGCCCGCUGCCCUGCGGCGGCCGGCGCCGACAUUUGCGCGCGUGUGGGCCUCGCUCGAGGAGUGGCAUCGGAUCGUGCGGGCGCUCCACGAGCGCGGGAUGGUGUCGGCGAUCCCGAGCAGCGAGAUUGCCUGUCGCGACGGAGCCCCGCUCCUGAACGGGGCGUUCGGGGUGCCCAAGCCCCACGACGAGCCCGUGGUCUGCAGCGACGGCGAGCGCAGGCCGGUCCUGAGGCUGAUCACCAACCUUAUCCCCUCGAACGCGUGCCAGGAGUGCAUCGUGGGAGACACCCCUGAGAUGCCGACCAUGAGCCAGCUGAACGGCCUGGUGCUGACCGAGUCGGAGGAUCUCCUGUGGAGCGGCGCGGACAGGAAGGCCUUCUUCUACGUCUUCCGCGCGCCGCCUGUGUGGUGGCCUUACAUGGUGAUAGGGCCGCCCGUCCCCUCGGAGUUGCUUGGGCUGAAGGACGGUGGGACUACGCGCAUCUGCCUGCGGGUGAUCGGCAUGGGCUGGAUCAGUGCCGUGGGCGUGACGACCCACCUCCACCGGAACAUGCCGCGGCGGAGCGCCUCUGUCCCUCGCGGCCUGCCGCCCAGCCAGGAGAUCACUCGGCGCCGACGGCUGCCGUUCAGCGUGGAGAAGCCGUGCCCUCCGGCGUGGAUGGUCUACAUUGACAACCUGGAGGUCGCGGAGGUCGUGAGCAAGUCCGAGGCCGCGACGUUGCGAGGGACGGUGCCCGAGCUCAUCUCCGAGGCUCGUGCCUGCUAUGCGGCUGCGGGCUCCCCGGGGUCGCCGUCCAAGGACAUCCAUCGAGUGCCUCGAGCGACAACCUUGGGGGAGCUCAUCGACGGGGUCGAGGGCGCGCGGCGCCCCCCUGCGGGUUACCUUACCGAGAUGGCCAGCCUCACGCUGUGGACGCUGAGCAAGAAGCGGGCCAGCAUGCGGCUGGUUCGAGUUCACUGCUUCCGGCGGCCGCUGGCGGCCAGCUUUGCCUACACCUGGAAGUGGCUCGGGAACCCGCGCACUGGCGGCCGCUUCAGCGUGAGCGUGUUCGAGGACCUCUUGAUGUGUCUUGCGCUGUCAGGGCUUUGCGUCGCUGACCUGCGCCUCGAGGUCGACCCCCUGGUGACCGCGUCGGAUGCCUCGGAGGCCGCUGGCGCCGUGGUCUACGGCUACGCCCUCUCCGACCGCGGGCGCGCGCUGGCCGAGAGGCGGCAGCGGCCCGCGAACGCCGCCUGCGAGGAGGAGACCGCCCUCGUGACUGUCUUCGACGGCAUCGGCGGUGGGCGCCGGGCUUUCGAGAUCCUCGGACUGGUCCCUGCCGUACACCUGUCAUUCGAGGUUGACCCCACGGCGGUGCGGGUGGCCCGGCGCAGCUACCCCAGCACGCAGCACCUGGGGGACGUGACGGAGGCGGACCCGGUGGCCCUGGCAGCCCUGAUGCGCGCCCGAGGCCGGGUGUCGCGUGUGCUGGUGGUGGGCGGCUUCCCGUGCCAGGUCUUCGCGGGUCUCAACGUCGCUCGGCAGGGUCUCGACGACCCGCGCGCGGGCCUGGUUGACCACAUGGUGCGGAUCGUGGACGGGCUGCGGACGGCCAUGCCGGAGGCGUCGAUCGACUUCCUCGGGGACAACGUCGCGUCGAUGCCCGAGUGCGAUGUGCUGCGCCUGAACCAGCUCUUCGGCCGCAUCCCGCUGGAGAUUGAAGCGGGAGAUGUCGGCUGGGUCAGACGUCCGCGGCUCUACUGGGCUUCGUGGGACCUCCUGCCGUCCUUCGAGGCUGAGCCCGUCGUGGUGCGGGCGAAGACCCAGGACGUUCGGCGCGCCUGCAAGGUGGCGCUGAAGGCGGAGCGGCCGCCGCUCGAGGAGUGGCUCCCGCCCGGGGCUGCGUGUCCGGGUCCCGCCGCAGGGGAGCCGCUCCCGACCUUCGUGCGCUGGACGCCGCGCUCGCAGCCGCGCCCCAGGCCUGCGGGCAUUGGGGAGUGCAGCGCUGCUGAGCUGGCGCGCUGGGAGGCGGCGGGCUUCGCUUCGCCGCCCUACCAGUUCCGUGACAAGUGGUGCAUCCACCAGGCGGAUGGCCGCGUGGAGCCGCCUGACGCGACCAUACGAGAGAAGCUGAUGGGCUUCCCGGAGGGCCACGCCGUGCCGUGCAUGACGAGCAGCCAGGCGAAGGCCGAGCCCGCCAAGUACGAGGCUCUUCGGCGGUCGCUCGUGGGCAACUCCUUCCAGUGCGAGGUCGUGGCCUGGAUCAUCAGCCACUGGGCCGUCGGAGCUGGGCUGCUGGUCUCGGUGUCCUCGCUGGGUGAGCUGCACGAGAGUGCGCGAGCCUGGGCUGGUGGCAGGAAGCUGUGGGCCGGCGACGUGACGUCGCUGCGGUGCGGUCGCUCCGAGAUCGACGAGGGCUUGCACGCCAAGCUGGACCAGCCCGGCGGGCCCAUCUACGUGGGUCGUGGGUCUCGCCGCUGGGGGCUGGCUGCCUCGCGGUGGGGCAACCCUUUCACGAUCAGCCCCGAGCGGUCACGCGAGGACGCUGUUGCCCUGCUCGCUGGUUGGAUCCGCGCGCAGCCCACCCUCCUGCAGAGCUUGGAGACGCUGCGCGGGGCCCUACUGGUCUGUCACUGUGGGCCCGACCAGGCGUGCCAUGCCGACAUCCUCUUGGCGGAGUUGGCGAAGCGCGACGUGGUGGAGUGGCGCGAGCUGGACGCGUCCAGACGCAUCGUCAUGGGGCUCGUCAUGGCGUGCCACAACAACGGAGCAGACAUCAGGACCGAUGGCGCCUCGGAGGCGCUCGGCAAGAUCUUCCCGCGGCAGGAGAUCGACUCAGGCAUUUGGCGGUGGCGCAAGGCAAGGCAGCUAGUGUGGGAUGCAGCAGAGCACAUCAACGUUCUUGAGUGCCAGGGCGCGCUGAUGAUGAUUCGAUGGCGGGCGCGGUCGGUGCGCCGCCAUCAGUGCGUCUUCCUGCACCUGCUCGACAGCAUGGUCAACAUCGGUGCGCUGUCCAAGCGCCGUUCCAGCAGUCCUCAGCUCAACAAUGUGGUGCGGACCUUCUCGGCGUGGGAGCUUGCGAUGGGCGCGCGGGCGGUCUUCGGCUUCACGUCGUCGGCUCGCAACCCCGCGGACGCCCCCUCGCGUCUCCGCGAUGGAGCUGGGUUGGGGAAGCUGAGAGGCGCCAGGACAAAGGCCUCGACACUGGCCCGCUACCGUGGCGCCGCUCAGCGUUUUGUUGACUACCUUGCUGCCAAUAACCUGCCGCUGCCUUUCACCUGGGACGAUAUUGAUAUCUGCUUGCAGGAUUAUCUUGAGCACUUGUGGGCCGAGGGCGCCACAAAAGGAGAAGCCAAUGACACCCUCAGCGGCGUGCAGCACCUGCUGAAGACACGACGCCGCUAUCCUGGCGCUUGGCAGCUGCUGACAGUCUGGGGCAGACUGGAGAUCCCCCAGCGCGCGCCGCCGAUGCCUGCCCAGGUCUGCACGGCGCGCGCCGGUUGGGCGCUCAGCCGCGGAGAGGUAGCCUUCGCAGCCGUGCUGCUCGUGGCCUUCCAUCUUUGUCUCCGCACUGGCGAGGCGUUGGGGCUGAGCGGCGGCGUCAUCUCUCUGAAGCCCUGUGGCCGAGGCGCGGUGUCGUUGCCCUGGGCCAAGACCUCUUGCCAGAAGGGCGCGCGGGAACAAGUCGCGCUUGACGACCCGCUGGUUGGGGCAGUCGUCCAUAUGCAGCUCCAGCGUGACAGCCGGCUCUGGCCUGGCACGACGCGCGCCUUUCACGAUUUGUUCCGUACUGGGCUCCAGCAGAUCGGUUGCAGGCACCUCGCCCUGUCUCCUUACAGCCUGAGGCGCGGAGGCGCCACGCAUGAGUUCCUGCUGUCGGGCGACUUGUCUAAGGUCAUGUUGCGUGGGCGCUGGAGCUCGGCAAGAACGGCAAAGAUAUACAUCCAAGACGGGGCUGCCAUCAUCGCAGAAAUGAAGCUCCAGGAUCGUACCCGUUCGACGCUCCAGCA